CUCACUUACUAAUAUUUGAGGCUGUUUCUCUCUCUAAAUUACUGAUUUAACAUCGCUGGAACGGUCCAUUUUCUUGCUCUACAAAUUUCUCCAUUUCUCCGCCACUGGUCUCGAGCGAUGUGUCAUUCUCCUGGUUUUUCAAUGCGGCCUUUCUCUCUCUAACCAUUGAACAUACCCACCAUAUAAAUGGCGUUUUCCAAGACCUUGUGAAUGCCUCUCUAUAACCAGUGCUCACCUACCAUUUUCACAGCACAAACACUCAUGCUUGGCUCUCUGUGCUCUCGCCCAAAGCCCUGGAUUCUCUCUCUCUCCUCUCUCUACCUAUCACCCCACCAUCGCCCCCUCUCUCUCUCCUCAAAACCCAUCCCCUUUUCCACGAGGAGCAAUGGCGUGGCCACCACCGCCAAUGCUUGGCAAUCUCUGUUGCCUUUGGUCCAAUUUUCCGGCCACUUUUCGGGCCAGAAUGGGCGGGUUUCUGGUGAGAACGGCGUGAAAAUUGGGUGGUUUCCUGUGAGAGAGGAGGGGUCAUGGAACGUGGCUUGGGAUUUGAGGCCCGCCCGGUGGUUGCAGGGCUCGAACUCAGCUUGGCUGCUCUUUGGUGUUCGUGCCUGCUUUAAUGGCUAUUGUAAAGAGGAGGUUGAAGGUCCAGAGUUAGAGUUAGGACUAGGGCUUGAGACUGAGAAGAUCAGCUUGGAGUUCAGCACUUUGCCUCUGGGUUUGAUCUCGACUGGUAAGAAUAUUGCAGUUCCUGCUGUGAAGAAGCGGACGUUUAGUGAUUACAGAGUAACCGGUGUGCCUGGAGACGGUAGAUGCCUUUUUAGAGCUGUUGCUCAUGGGGCUUGCCUUAGAAAUGGGAAAGCAGCUCCCAAUGAAUCUCUGCAAAGGGAACUUGCUGAUGAUUUAAGGGCUAAAGUGGCGGAAGAGAUCUUAAAGAGGCGUGAAGAAACAGAAUGGUUCAUAGAAGAAGAUUUUGAAACUUAUGUUAAGAGUAUCCAACAGCCUUACGUCUGGGGUGGUGAGCCUGAAUUGCUGAUGGCCUCACAUGUUCUUCAGGCCCCCAUAUCAGUGUUCAUGAUGGACAAAAACUUGGGUGGCCUGAUAAAUAUAGCGAAUUAUGGACAAGAGUAUGGGAAAGAAAAGGAUAGCCCUAUUAAGGUUUUGUACCAUGGUUAUGGACAUUAUGAUGCUUUGGAGCUUUUCGCAGAUUAAUUUUACAAAGGACCAGUGAUAAGAAUUUUUGUUAGAUGAAAGAUUUGGUUCAAUAGGUUUACUGUUACUGACACGAUUGAAAUUGCCAAGAGUUAGCAAUAGUCUUGUUUAACUCGAAGAACAUAGAUACGGGUAAGUGGUCACUUCCCUUUCUUGUAAAAAUAAGUUUUGUUUGUUCUGGAGAAUGAAAUUAUUUUCAAUGGAAUAAGUGGACCCUAUGGUUUUUUUGGACGA